ACAAUUUCUCAAUAUUUUUUCUGUCAUCGAACGCUUGUUUUUAAUAUCUAAUGGCAGUACCAAGAAGAAAACCAUGGGAAGCGUCGUCGGGCACAUCGCUGGCGGCUCUCGCGGGUGGUGACUCCAGUGCUACGGCUCCGCAAGUGCCCCCAUCCUUGUCAUCCUCUGCUAUGCCAACAUCCACAAACUCAGAAGCAGCGGCAACUUCAGCUGCCAUUCCAGAACGGCCUAGUGGGCUCACAUCCGAUCUCUCGGCGAUGUCCAACACUUCGCCGUAUGGCGCAGGCGCCCUGUCGUAUGGUUCGAACACCGGCUAUGGGUCCCGUUACGGUUCAUCUUACGGCGGGGGAUAUGGCUCUAGCAUGUAUGGUGGUGGAAUGGGCGGUAUGGGUGGUAUGGGUGGCUAUGGAUCCAGCAUGUACGGUAUGGGAGGAUAUGGAUCCAGUAUGUAUGGCAUGGGUGGCUACGGAAGUAGUAUGUAUGGUAUGGGAGGUUAUGGCGGAGGAAUGCACGGACAACAAGGUAUGGCUGGAGGGUUGGCCGAGGGAACUCAAGCGACGUUUCAGUUGAUUGAACUGAUCAUUGGAGCCGUCGGAGGGUUUGCACAGAUGCUUGAAGCAACGUAUAUGGCGACGCACUCGUCGUUUUUCACGAUGGUGUCGUUGGCGGAGCAGUUUGGAAACUUGAAAAACGCGCUCGGAUCGUUGCUUGGAAUCUAUGCCUUGAUAAAUUUCGCCAAGAAGUUGUUCUAUAAAGUAACAGGCCGUACUUAUAACUAUGGACUUAACUUGAAAGAAUUUAGUAAGUUUGAAACCAACCAAAAAAAGCUUGAAGAUAACCUUCGCCGUACAUCAUCGGGUAAAAGCCGGAUCUCACUCAAGCCAUUACUUUUGUUUUUGGCGGCUUCGAUUGGCUUCCCAUACUUAUUGAGUAAGGCAAUCCAAAAGAUAAAUGAACAGCAACAAAGGAGGGCUUUAGCCCAGCAGCAGCCCCGUGAUGGUGUAAAUGGUGCUUUAGACCCUUCCAAUUUGCAAUUUGCUAAAGCUUUAUAUGAAUUCAACCCUGAGAAUCCUAAUAUUGAAAUUGAGUUGAAACCUAAUGAUUUGGUAGCAGUGUUAUCACGCCUCGAUCCCUUGGGUAACGAAAGUAAGUGGUGGAAAGUAAGAUCUCGUUCCGGCAAGGUGGGAUAUGUACCGUCUAACUACUUGACGGUAAUUGAAAGACGGUCUACUCCUAAGCAAAUUGGCCCAGAGCAGCCUCAACUCCCAUUCCAACAACAUGCCCCUGCACCAGAGAUGGUGGAAAAUGUGAAUCCCAUGGUGGAAGAAUUCAAGAAGUACUAAAAUCUUUAGUUCAAAUUAACGACCAUAACACGACAUAAUAACUAGCAAAUGCUUCAAGUUUCAUACAUUUUAAUAAAUCUAUUUAAAUC